UGGAUUAAGAAGGCAAGGAGGGAAGAAAAAUCAGAGCAGUGCACACAAGAAGAGACAAGGGGACGGGCGGGAGCAGGUGGGAGACGAGGCCCUACGCUUUGGGCAUUAAAGCAGAAUCAAAGAGUUGGCCAUUAUCAAUAGCUAAUGGAAGGGAGCGGUGCUGAUACAGACGGCCAUGAAUUCAAGAAUGCAGAGGAGAUGUGGAUGGAGCAGGUCGGAAACCCCACCAAGCGCACCCAAUGGUAUCGUGAAGGCGUAGGGUAUUGGCAAGGUGUUGAGGCUUCCGUUGAUGGGGUUUUGGGCGGCUAUGGCCAUGUUAACGACGCCGAUAUCUUGGGUAGUGAAGUUUUUCUCAAAUCCAUUUUGGCCGAACGUUUCCCUUUUCCUGGAAAAGACCGCCCCCUUGUCGCUCUUGAUUGUGGUUCUGGCAUCGGGAGAGUCACCAAGAAUCUUCUUAUCAGAUAUUUUAACGAGGUUGAUCUUCUUGAACCUGUAUCACAUUUCUUAGAGGCUGCCCGUGGAAGCUUGGCUCCAGAAAAUAAUGGAGCCUCUGAUCUGCACAAAGCCACUAACUUCUUUUGCAUGCCUCUUCAGGAAUUCACGCCAGAUGCAGGAAGAUAUGAUGUUAUUUGGGUUCAGUGGUGUAUUGGACAUCUCACUGACGAGGACUUCAUCUCAUUCUUUAAAAGAGCCAAGGUAGAUUAUGCAUAUUGGCUCUCACCAUUCAGUUACUUUCAGUUGGGCCUAAAAGCUGGCGGAAUUUUCAUCCUGAAGGAAAAUAUUGCAAGAUCUGGAUUCAUACUGGAUAAAGAAGAUCGAAGCAUCACAAGAUCUGACCCAUACUAUAAAGAUCUAUUUAACCAGUGCGGACUCUAUCCAUUUAAAUCAAGGGACCAAAAGGGAUUUCCCCAGGAAUUAUUUCCUGUGAAGAUGUAUGCAUUAAGUACAGAGGUCCCGAAGAGGAGUUCUCGCACCAAAAGGGAACAAAACAAUAGACCUGGCGUUAUCAAGUGAGGAGCACUCCCAUCUCUCCUUUCUGAAUGAGUCAGUAGCUGUGAUUUGGUUGACAUACAAAUUCAUAGUAGAUGGAACUGGAAACACCAAGCUUCUCGUUUUUCAAGCUUGCAAGGAAAUGUCGUUGCCAUCCGCCCCCAAAGCCCUUUCCCUUUGUUAUGUUAAAAGCGAUGUGCAUUGCAUAAUAGUUCUCUCUUACUCAAUAUGUUUCAACCGUUAAUAUUUCUUCAUUUUUAAUGAAAAGUGAUGAUACUCUAUUUACAGA